AUGAUGAGUCAACGAUCAAAACAAAUUAGGAAUUUGUUCUUAUAUAUCUUAAUUGCAUUAAGUUUAAUUGCAGCUGUUGAAUAUUUUAAAUACUCUACCAGAAUUCAUUAUGAAUGGUUCCAUUGCACUGCAAUUAAAGAACCAAUCCCAUAUGAUUAUUAUAAUCAAGAAGUUAUAGACAUACUGGAUGCUGAACCCUCAUCAUCUGUUGUUAAAUAUUAUGCUAGGGGUGGACCGAGUUGCGAUAAAAGAGGUGAAUUUAAAACUAUUAUUAAACGAAUUACAAGAGAUUUUGAACCCAAUUUAGAACAUUAUUCAUUUUGUAUAUUUGAAAAUUUUGAAUUGCCACAGAGACAUUAUCCAAUUGAUGAAAAUAAAGGUGCACCAGGAUAUGUAGCUUAUGUUGGUUACGAUUCAGAUUCAAAACUCGUUGAAAGAUUAUGUAAUGAUUCUACAAUUUAUCACAUGUAG